AUGGCUUGCAAGCCUAAGCAUCCUUCUUUAGAGGAGCAAUGUCAGGAUGUGCUGGUGCUACAGGUGUUUCAAAGCCACUGGAGGGAAGUGACCUCGGGGCAGGUGGCUGCUGGGGCAGCGAGUGACCCGUGUUAUAAAAAAUCCAGGCACAAACAGGGCCGGCGUCCCAGUGGAGGCCAGCGGAAGCGUGGGAGGCCAGUUCCCGGUGACACCUCCGCGCGUGGCAGCGCUGCCCGCCAGUGCCAUUGGCUGCCCCUCGCCCAGGGCUGGUGCUGGCCAGCGGUUAAAUGUCCGUACCACCACGCCAGGGCACACAGCCCAGGGUAUCCCGAGACAGGCAGCCAGCUCAUUGCAUCCCCAACACCAGAGGAGACACCGGCUCACACCACACCUCAAGCCGCAGGAACCACAACCAACAUGAGGGCUGCAUUCCUGGUGCUGCUUCUCUGGACUGUAGCCUGCACUCACCCUGUGCCCGGACAUGAACCAACCUACCCCCGCCACAGUGCCCAGCAGGAGGACACAGCAAGUGAAGAUCACAUCAACAAGCUGGGCAACCUCCUGGACGGUGGAGAUGGCAGACAUCCACCUGCCAGUGCAGAGACAGGGGACAAUGCCCUUGCCCAGUACCUGGUGGGUGGGAAUGCCGUGGGUGAAGAGCUGAGCCAACAUGGUAGCCAAGACAAGGGAGGCAGAGUUGAGGACUCUCAGCACCUGAACUGGGUGGAUCACGAGGACACAAGUGCCCGGGAUAGGAACAGCAUUGGUUUCCUGGAGGAGGAUGCACGUGAUGCUGACGAUGGUGACAACAGAGAGCACCAUGGCAUUGGAGUCAAUGGGCUUCCGCCCCAUGUCAGCGGGCUCCUGGAUGAGGAAGAUGACAGUGGGGACGACACCUUCGAUGAAAACGGACAAGAUGAAGUGGCCGAAGGUCCUACUUAUGUGGCUGGGGCUGAUGGGGCAGGCGAACACGGCCAGGAUGCUGGCCGUGGGGACACUGGGGCUGGCGGAGGGCACGGUGACAGCAGCAGCAGCAGCAGCAGUGAGAGCAUAGGGGCGGACCAUAGGAGGUACAGGAACUACCUCAGCAGCCGGUAUGAGCGGACCUACAGGUGGGGAGGGGGCAGCAGCAGCAGCAGCCAGGAAGAGGAGAGCUAUGACUUUGAGGACGAAGCCAUGCAGGGCGAUGACCCCUCUGUCUUUGAUGGCCCAGGCAGCAGUUACAAGAGACAGCAUGCUGGCCCUCAUGCCCUGGAGAGCAGCUGGAGGACUAGCUCUCAGCGCUGGGAGGAGGGUGACAGCAGGUCCCCAGAGGUGGAUGACACUGACUCGGAAGAAGACAGCCCAUCCAUGGAGGAUGACAGUCAGUCAGAAGAGCCUGUUGACAGCCAGUCAGAGGUAAACAGUGCCAGCCACUCCAAGGAGGAUGGGGAUGGGGAGGACAGCCCCUCCAGGGAAGACGAGGACAGCGAGUCCAAGGAGGGCACUGCCAACCUGUCAGAUGAAGAGCUGGGUGAGUCCCCAGAGGACGUCUCCCAGGAGGUAGUGAGCACAUCAAACGAGCGCAGCAGCAGCCGGUCUCAGGAAGGCCAGGAGGAACAGGAGUCUGCUGAGGACAGGAGUGCACUGUCUGUGCCCAACAGAGAGUCUGGGGAAGAUGAUGAUAGUCAGAGCCAGUCCACAGAGGACACUGUGGAGGAGUCAAAGGAGGAUGAAAACGACUCUGAGCCUGAUGGGGACGUGCCAAGCACAUCAGCUGAGAGCCAGAGCACAUCCCUGGAGGAUGACGGCAGCCAAGAGGAUAACACAGGUGAAGAGAGCAGGUCCACAGAAAGCAACAACAGCGAGUCUCAGGAGGAGGAGGAUGAUGGCAAUGAGGACAGCCACUCCCAGGAGGAUGCCACCCACGAGUCCAGCAGCCAUGGGGAUGACAGCUCACUGCAGAGCCUGGAGAGCAGGAGACGCAGAGGACGGCCAGGUGCCUACCGCAACAAGCCCAGUGCUGACUACGAUGACAAUGACUGUCAGGAUGGGUACUGAUGCUUGCCUUGUCAGUGCUGGGGGGAAAUGGGGGGAGCGG